AUGUAUCUUUCUAGCCUCCUACCUUACUCGCUUCUCAUCUUGGGUGUCGCGUGCGCCCCAAUCGACUCCGGAUUAUCCAUGUCCGCAUCAGCUGCCGGAAAUGUUUUAAACAGCAUCCGCCGCCAGGGUCAAGCUUCGGGCUGCAAUAUAUUCAAAACAGUGUUGCCCGAUACCGGCAAUGGCUCAGAACUACCCGUCCCCGCCUCCAAACUGGAGCUCAAAUACAUAACUCUCGGCGUCGGGACCCAGAACUAUACUUGCGAAAAUCUCGAGACACCAUCACUGGUGGGCGCGGUCGCUACGCUUUACGAUGCUUCCUGUCUCGUUACAAAGCACUCGCUGUUGUUGGAUAUGUUUGCACGUCUGGCCGUCAGGCUUCCUACGAAAAUUCUCAAUCAUAUGAUAUCCAAAUACCUCAACAUUGAUCUGAUGGGCCAUCACUACUUUGCUGGUAGUGUUCCCAUGUUCGAUCUACGCCAAGUUGGCCAGCAGGACUACGCUUAUGUUUCAGUGGCUGCGAAAGUUCCUGCUCCACGGAACAUUGAUGUCGACUGGCUAAAGCUCGAUCGCGUGGAUGGAUCUGGGAUUGAGACUGUCUAUCGUGUGAAAACUACGUCAGGAAAAGCACCCGCCACUUGCAGGAAUAUGCCUGGCCGUUUCGAAGUCAAAUAUCUCGCACAAUAUUGGAUGUAUGGGUGA